AUGAGCACCAAAACACAUGUUCUACGCCUCUACAGGCGGUCCCUCAAGCUCGCCCUCGACUGGAGCGUCCAUCGAUACCUCUGGCGCGGACAGGCUCUGUACAUCCGUGAGCUUUUCGAGGCUAAGAGAAACGUUACCGAGCCUCGUCAAAUGAGGGACUUGAUCAAGGAAACAGAGGAACUCCUCGAGAAGUGGAAGCACCCCGACCCUUACCGCCCACCCACGGCCCCCGGAGGUUCAAAGUACGAGCGCAACCUGCCUUGCCCAAUCACCGAACCUCCACCAAAGAUGAUUUUGUAG